UCCUCUCUUAAUAAGCCAGGCAGACAAGAGGAUUCUAGAGGACACCACCAAAGUCCGAGAAAAGAAUUAGAGCAGACUCUCUGGAGGAAGCAGAAACUUGUCCUCUGGAAUCACUUACAGCUUGAGAACUGAUAUGACAUCACACCUCCUGGUGGAAAAUACAUUAAAGAACUUGUCAGGGACAUAGAUUUGAUAUCUCCAAUGAUACCAGCAUCAAAAGGUAAGAAUAUUAAAAUUCAACCACCUUUGAGCAAAAUGAGCCAGGAAGAAACAGAGGACAGUUUGUUUCGUCUUCGUGAAGAACACAUGUUGUUAAAGAAGCUUUCUUGGAAGCAACAGGAUGAGAUCAAAAGGAUGAGGACAGCCUUGCUGCGGUUGACAGCUGCAGGCUGGGACCUGAGGGCAAAGGUGGCCACCCGGGAGCAGCUGUCAGAGCCGGCCAGGCAGAGGCGGGAUGCGGGGCAGCGGCAGCAUCCCUCUAAGCACCAGCGCCCCCUGAUGCCGGCGCCCCAACAACAGUUCCAGCGCCGGGGCGCCCCCGGAUCCCACCGCACGCAGCCCCGGGUGCUUGCGGGACAAAGACAGCUCCACAGCGCGGGCGCCCAGGCGCCGGAGAAGGCUCGGCGCGAGCCAAGAGACAGGCUGAGCUACACAGCCCCUCCCACAUUCAAGGAGCAUGUGACAAAUGAGAAAAACAGAGAUAAAAUAUCCAGGGAACCCAGCGAACUUACUCACAUUAUGACUAGCAAUACUAUGCAAGUGGGAGAACCAUCCAAGUCUCCUGAGAAGAUGUGGUCCAAAGAUGAAGAUUUUGAACAGAGAAGCUCUUUGGAAUGCUCUCAGAAGGCCACAGAGCUUCGAGCUUCUAUUAAGGAGAACAUAGAGGUGAUUCGGCUUAAGAAGCUCUUACAUGAAAGGGAUACCAUCCUGGUAGCGACAAAAGCACAACUAACAGAAGUUCAAGAGGCAUAUGAAACUCUGCUCCAGAAGAACCAGGGGAUCCUGAGUACAACCCAGGAUGCCCUCCUCAGCCAAGUGAAUGAGCUGAGGGCAGCGCUGAAGGAGGAGAGCAGGAAGGCUGUGAGCCUGAAGAGUCAGCUGGAGGAUGUGUCCAUUCUGCAGAUAACAUUGAAGGAGUUUCAGGAAAGAGUUGAUGAUUUGGAAAAAGAGCGAAAAUUGCUGAACGACAACUAUAACAAACUCUUAGAAAUCAUGCUGGACAGCAGUAAUCCUCAUCACUGGAGCAAAGAGCUUGUAGGAGAACAGCUACCGCAGAAAGUGGAUCAGUUGCAGCAUCAUCUGGAUGCUGAGCUGGAGGAGAAGAGCAAAGUCUUACUUCAGCUGUCCAGCGUGACAGGUCAAAACAAGGAUCCGAAGCUUGAAGUCACCAACCUGCUUCAGAAACAUGAGCAGGAAGUAGAGAUAUUCCAGAAUAAAGACGCACUUUCCCAACCUACCGACCACGGGCCAGCUGAGCCCGCCCCGCCCCCGGCUCCAUUUCUGGAGGCCACUCAGUUAGAGCUCCGUGAACCAAAAGAACAAGAAGGAAAGAAACUGUCCCAGGUGUUAAGUGAGUUGCAAACAUCAUUUGCAGAGACCACACUGGAACUAGAAAAGACCAGAGAUAUGCUUAUUCUGCAGCGCAAAAUCAACGUGUGUUAUCAGGAGGAACUGGAUGCAAUGAUAACAAAAGCUGAUAAUGAGAAUCAAGAUCACAAAGAAAAAAUGGAGAGGCUGAACAGACUCCUAGACCUCAAGAACAAUCGUAUCAAGCAGCUGGAAGAACAGCUCAAAGAUGUGGCUUAUGGUACCCGACAGAUGUCGUUGUAUCGGGAAACACUGCCAGCCCACAGAGAUGGGGAUAAAGUGAACAUUUCUCUGUUGCAUCAAAGUGAGAAUCUGUUGGAACUGCACAUUCACCAGGCCUUCCUGACAUCUGCUGCUCUGGCUCAGGCUGAAGACACGCAACCUACCACUUUCUGCACCUAUUCCUUCUAUGAUUUUGAAACCCACUGUACCCCUCUAGCUGUGGGGCCACACCCUCUUUAUGACUUCACCUCCCAGUAUGUGGUAGAGACAGACUCCCUUUUCUUGCACUACCUUCAAGGGGCUUCAGCCCAGCUUGAGCUUCACCAGGCGCUAGGCAGUGAGCACCACACCCUUGCAGCUGGAUGGAUUUGCUUUGGUAGGGUGCUGGACACCGUGGAGAGAGUCCAUGGCUCUGCCACACUUACUGGAGCUGGUGGAGAAGACUUUGGGGUGCUAGAAUACUGGAUGAGGCUGCACUCCCCCAUAAGAUCCAGCGUACAGGCAUGCAAUAAGCGAAAAAAAGCUCAGGCCUACCUGUCAGCCAAUGUGCUUGGAGCCUGGAGGGCCCAGGAGGAUGAGUCCGGAUCAGAGACUUGGAAACAUCAGAAUGAGCUGCAGGUGGAAAUCACCAGAUGCUGUGGCCUCCAGAGUCGACGGCUGGGAACCCAACCCAGUCCGUAUGCCAUGUACCGUUUCUUCACCUUUCCUGACCACGACACGGCCAUCAUUCCCGCCAGUAACAAUCCCUACUUUAGAGACCAGGCCCAGUUCCCAGUGCUUGUGACUUCUGACCUGGAUCGGUAUCUGAGACGGGAGGCCCUGUCCAUAUACGUUUUUGAUGAUGAAGACCCAGAAUCUGGCUCCUACCUUGGCAAAGUGCAAGUGCCCUUGCUGCCUCUUGCACAAAACAAAUCCAUUAAAGGUGAUUUUAACCUAACGGACCCUGAGAGAAAACCCAACGGGUCUGUUCAGGUACAGCUGGAUUGGAAGUCGUGCUAUCUAUCUCCCGCGAGCCUCCGGAAACCAGACGCUCAGACGGAGGAGAACGGUGCCAGCCCCGGCGUAGAGAUCUCAUCUGAGGAGGAAAAGGCUUUCUUUCCUGCCCAGGCUGUUUCUGCUCCUUUUACUCCGGACCAGGUGGAUUCUGCUGAGAUUCCCAUCGAAGCUGCCCGGUAUCCAACGAGGAAGAAACCUCCUCCGGUGGCAGAAAGAAAGGAAAGGGAACACCAGGUUGCAAACUACUCAAGGAGAAAACAUGGCAAAAGAACAGGCAUCCAAGGAAAGAACAGAAUGGAAUAUCUUAGUCGUAACUUCUUAAGUGGAAAUACACUACAGCAGGUGAACUACACUGAAUGGAAAUUCUCAGACUUUAACACCUCCGUAGGUGAUUAUUUAAAGAAUCAGAAAAAGGAAGAGAAAAUGACAUCAUUCCCUUCAGCACUGAUACAAAAUGAAGCUCUCCAUUCUGUAAUUGCAGAUAAGGAAUCCUGUGAAGAAGCAUCUGAGGUCAGUGAAGCACAGACCACAGACAGCGAUGACAUAGUGACACUCAUCCCUCAGAGAUGUCCUAAGGCAGAUUCAGAGAAGAUGUGCAUUGAAAUUGUCAGCCUGGCCUUCCACUCAGAGGCCGAAGUGAUGUCUGAUGAGAACAUAAAACAGGUGUAUGUGGAGUACAAGUUCUAUGAUCUGCCCCUGUCAGAGACGGAAACGCCGGUGUCCCUGAGGAAACCGAGGGCAGGAGAAGAGAUCCACUUCCACUUUAGCAAGGUCAUAGACCUGGACCGCCUGGAGCAAAAAGGCCGAAGGCAAUUUCUGUUCGACUUGCUGAAUGGUCAAGGUCCUGAGCAAGGAUGUUUAAAGUUCACAGUGGUAAGUGAUCCUAUGGAUGAAGAGAAUGAAUGUCAAGAAGUAGGAUAUGCCUAUCUGAAACUACGCCAGAUCAUGGAAUCAGGAAGAGACAUUGUAGAGCAAAAGCUAGACAUUGUUAGCCCUACAGACCAGGCUACCCCGAUAGGAAGUCUGAAGGUGUCCCUUCAAGCUGUUGCUGCCUUCCAUGCUAUUUACAAGGAGAUGAUCGAAGAUUUGUUUUCGGAUAGAACAAGUGCUAUUCCAUUCUGAUCUCUGUGAGGGAACCAUAGUAAAAAAGUCUCUGAUAAAGUAACUUGCUAAUCCAUAAA